CUCCCUUGCAUCGAGCCAACGUGUUGGUUCUGUAGCCCGACUGGCGAACCCCCCGAUACCACCCUUCGGAAGCUUCCCUUUGACCAAAAAACCGCAACCAUGGCGUCCGGCGCAGGCGGGUCCUACAACAACCCCCUCAAGAAGUUCAAGCUUGUCUUUUUAGGCGAGCAGAGCGGUAUGUAUCCUGCAUUCUGUCUUGUUCGAUGUGGCAAGCCAUUGAUACAUUUCCGGGCGAGGGACGAGGAACCACUGUCUAAUACAUUGCAGACCAUGUACCUUGAGGACCGGACAGUGAGAUUACAACUUUGGGAUACCGCCGGACAGGAACGUUUCCGCAGUCUGAUUCCCUCGUACAUUCGCGAUUCCAGCGUCGCAGUCGUUGUCUACGACAUUUCAAAUGCGAAAUCCUUCCAAAACACCAAGAAGUGGAUCGACGAUGUGCGCGCCGAGAGAGGAAACGACGUCAUCAUUGUCCUCGUGGGCAACAAGACGGAUUUGAACGACAAGCGCGAAGUGACGACGCAGCAGGGCGAGGAGGAGGCCAAGAAGAACAACCUCAUGUUCGUUGAGACUAGCGCGAAGCUGGGACACAAUGUCAAGACGCUGUUCAAGAGAAUAGCCCAGGCUCUUCCAGGCAUGGAGGGAACGGAUGCUGCCGCGCAAGCUUCAAGCCAGAUGAUCGAUGUCAAGACGACCCCCGCCCAAUCAUCGCAAGAGGGAUGCGCGUGCUAG